GUUUAAUUGGCGAGUAACAUUUUGGCGAGAUGAAUUCUUCGAAAGAAUCAAUGAAAUCUCAUCACUUUUCCUUCGUAUAGAGUUAUAUUGUAAUAUUUCACAAAACAGUAAUGUUUUUAGGGUAUUCUGCCAUACCCUGAAGGUACUCAGUAAUGAACCCAAGCACUAAUCCCCUGGAUGGGGGUGGAGUCGAAAAGCACCCACCAGAAGUCAGUCAAACUCUGCAAACCAUAACAGCGAUACAGAAUGUCCAAACCAUCGUACAAAGCAAUGCGUCAAACAUUCAAUCACAGCAGACAAUAGUUGGAACAUCCACAGGACUCAUCGGUAAAUCAGUUUCAUUGGAUCUAAAUCCAAAACUGUCUUUGAUGAAACCUAUCGGACAAGCUGGAAACAUAUCGUCGACCGAAGCAGCCAAAAUUACUACCACAUUAUGUCCAGUUGGUUCCACGGUACGAAUAAUAUCCCCUGGCAUGUUGAGCACAGUAGAUAGGCAAAGAGAACAGCCGCAGCAAUCGUCCCAAAUUGUUUCAAAUUUACCUGCAACUUAUCACGUGCCACGAGGGCCAGCUGCAGUCGCUAAUAUUUCAGCUCCUAGAUCUACCGUUGCUACUCCCAUUGUGAGAGCAAGUACCGGUCAGCCAGUACCAAUAUCAAGAACUGGCCCAAACACAACAGCCUCAACUGCUCAAUGGCCUCCGAAAACAACUUCCAUUGUAUAUGCUCAGCCUCAAAGACACGUCGCUCCGCCUGUAAGCAGAGUCACACGACCUGUGACUCCAGUUUAUUCCACCCAGCAAGCGAGGCUCAUAACUCCUCCGCCAGGUAGGCCUGUACAGGCCACCGUAGUCACUGGAGUUUCAGCUACCCCUGCACGUUUAGUGACUCCAGUUCUACCGACCAGCAGUACCAUUACCCGAUUACCAGUUACCCACGGGCGACCACCAACACCCCAAGUCAAUGUAGCCGCACAAUCUGGCAGACCUCCAGUACAAACGAUUUCGACAAAUCAAACUGGCAGACCUCUGACAACGCCAGGAACAGUUAAUAGAAUAGCUGUGGCCGCACCUGUAAUGAGUUCCAGUAGCAGAAUAGCAACAGCUGCAUCUGUAUCGAUCCAACCGAAUGUUGGCAGGCAGUUAGGAAUUAGUACAGCUGCAAGUACGCAAAGUGGCACAGUUAGUCGGAUAAUGAUUCCCCAGCAACAGGUCCAGCAGCAACAACACCAGCCGCAACAAUGCCCCCCUCGUGUCGUUCAGACGGUAACUUCUCUCCCUAAUCACGGAGCAGUUACUCGCGUCAUUACAACGGCAGCUAAUGUAACUGGUGCACCCCGUCCAACUCAACAAAAUCCUGCACCGGUUGCUCGUAUAUCUGGAAGCGUCAUGUCAUUGCAUCCUCUACCAUUGGCUUCGACGAGAGUUACUCCAGCUAUUGUUAAACCCACCCAAUCAACAACCAUGCCUCAAACGGUUCAGCUGAAAACUCCUACCCAACAACCUGGUCUGAGAAUUUCUACAAGCACUCCCAAUACCGGAACUGGAACUGGCACAACACACUCAGUUCAAGGUCAAUACUUGCACACCCCACAAACCACUACUUAUUACUCGUUUGAGGCCUCUGGUUCAUACCCUCAAUAUCGUCAGACUUCUAUUCAACCGGUCAGACUUUUGGUAGAUCCUAGUUACGAGGAACCUCACGCCAAGCCCAAUGCCUCGCCGAGACCAAGUAUAUUAAGAAAACGUGACCACGACAUUUCCCCAGUAAAAAGUGCAGCCAAGAAUUUGGUGCCAGUGUUAGCGUCCUUACCUCCUGUGAUACAGGCAGCGAGUCCACCAGGAUCUCCGAGAGGGGAUCGAGAUCCUGGAGGGUGUCAAAGUUCUGGCUCUACUACCGUUUCCGCAACUUCGUCUCCAGGACUAGACGAAGAACCUGAACAAUCUCGGAUCACUAUAAACCCCACCGUUGAAAUGUCACCGCGGAAAAAACCGCGCAAACAACAACUUACCGGGGUCGAAUUAACAGAGCCGAGAUGCACGGAAGAAGAAAUGCAGUUCAUUUCUGAAGAGAAAAUAAAGAAAGAAAUCAAAACGGAAAUUAAAGACAAGACCAAUCACGAGAAGAAACAAGCCCCUAAUAACCCCCAGGACCAUCCAUUUAAUAUGCAGCAACAAACUUCUAUACCUGUGAGAAGCCGGCCAACUCCAUCUUUAUUAGGGUCCUCGUGGAAGAACCGGUGGGAUGGACGAUUACAUCAUUAUCGAAGACCAAGUGACGUCCGACCACGUGAGGAACGUAGGCCGACAGUCGCGGAAUUGGCUCAGCAAAAACACGUAUUACAGAAAUUGAAUGGGUGGAAAGUUUAUCACCUUACUACGCAGAUGGAGGAUUUGGCAGACCUGGAAAAACAGGUACACGAAAAACUGAAAUCAACCUUAGCCAUGCUCGAAUCGCAACAAGGCGGUCGAGGCAGACAGGAAGAAGCGUUAGAACGUGCUAACGAACUGAUAAAGGGCAACAUGCAACGGAGCAGUUUGAUUAGCGAAGGAAUGAAUGAGGCUAGAACGCAGCUGGUAGCGAUCUUUCAACACAAAGGUCAUGUUACCGAAAUUUUACAACGGUGCGGUAACAAGCGUACUCACAAGAAAAGAGACAAGUAAUCCUAACUAGUGUAAACCGUAAAUUGUGAGUACUACAACUGUUAAUACUGUUAAAGUAUAAACCUUUUCGCAGAUCAGGUUGAAUCACGAUAUUUUUAAUUCUGUCAAAUAGAAUCUAUAUUAAAAGAAAUAAAUAACAUGGUUUUAUAUGUCUUAA